AAAUAUAUAAUCCCCACAACAAGGCAGUGGUUGCCCCCAUCGUUCCAUCUCACCCUCUCUCUGAAAAAUCUCAAGCAGAUGGAAGACGACGCAGAGCAGCAGCAGCCGCUGUCGUUUUGCCCUAGCUUCAACAGCUACUCAUCCGUCAGGUUCGCCGGAAUCGCCGACGAAGUCGCCGCCGGAGGCUCUGGCGGAGCCGCCGAAGCCGAAGUAACAGUACUCCAGGAGAGAGCUGCUGCGGCCGGCGCCGCUGAUGAAGAGGACGACUUCGAAUUCGCUUUUGCGCGCGGCGACGAUCCUGAUGUUACCGCGGAAGAGAUUUUUCCUGGAGGUCAGGUUCGUCAUGUUUUCCCAAUCUUCAAUCGCGAUCUUGUGGUUCGCGAUGACGAGCGCAGUCGUGGUGCUGGCGCUGGCGCUGGCGCUGAUAAGCUUGAUGUUUCGACUCUACGACUUCCGUUGAAGCAGUUGUUCAGCGAGGACCGUGACGAUCGCGAUCCUCCGUCGUCGUCGUCCUCCGACGCGGACGAAUUGGAAGGCGUGCCGGAGGGAACGUACUGCGUGUGGAGGCCGAAAGUCGUUGAGGCCUCGCCUGGUAGAUGCAAGAAGAGUCAUUCGACUGGAUCGUCAUCAAAGAGAUGGAAGUUCCGGGAUUUGCUCCGGCGAAGCAAUAGCGAAGGGAAGGACGCCUUCGUGUUCUUGACUCCGAAGAAUAGAGACCAGAAGGCUGACAGACCCGAGGGAACUGAGGUUCCCAAGCAAAGGCGAAACUCCGCCGACGGCUUCAAGGCUUCCGGGAAGACGAAGGCGAAGGGACUCGCCACCGGUGGGGAAAAGGCGUCUUCAUCCGCUCACGAAGCGUUCUACGUGCGGAAUCGAGCUUCGAAAGAAGGAGACAAGAGAAAAUCGUAUCUCCCGUACAGGCAAGACCUCGUCGGCUUCUUUGCGAACGUCAAUGGAUUGGGAAGAAACUUCCCUCCGUUCUGAAGAGACUCCAUUUUUGCUCUGUUAGAGUCUAUACAUACACAUACAUAUAACAUAUAUAUGCCAUAUUUACAAAUCCAUAUCCAAUCGCUACUUCUCUUUUUCUCUGUAAAUAAUCUGCUGUUCAAUUAUUUCUUAGAUUAAUUAAGAGUGUAUCUUAAGACAGUCGAUGAUAGUAGUCCAUCGAUCAUCAUUCUAUUUUCCAGCUCUCGUUUUAAGUCGGUUGUAAGGCGGACAAGAUGAGAUGAGAAGGAAUUGAAAGCCUUGUCAGAGUGUAUUUAUUUUCCAA